GGAGCAGAUAAAUACAAGAGAGGUCGCGGAGCCGGAGCAGUACGCACGACCCGUCCACCAGCACCAUGAGCACCGCGCACCAGAACGGCACCGUCCCCCAGGAGGUCACCAAAGCGCCUCCGGUGUCCCACUUGAGGACCGUGUCGUGGUCUGAGAGUCUCGACGAGAAGGAACUCGACGUUCCCGGCACUCCUCGUGGCCCUCGCACCUCCACCACUCCAGGCCACGAAAACUGCACCUUCCACCAUGACAUGGAGCUGGACCACCGACCACCCACCAGAGAGAGCCUUUUGCCCGAAAUGUCCCGCUCCUACCGUCUGCUGCUGUCCAGCCUCGGCGAAAACCCCGACCGACAAGGGCUGCUGAAGACCCCUGAGAGGGCCGCCAAGGCCAUGCUGUUCUUCACCAAGGGCUACGACCAGAGUCUCGAAGAGGUGCUGAACGACGCCGUCUUCGAUGAGGACCACGACGAGAUGGUGGUGGUGAAAGACAUCGAGAUGUUCUCCAUGUGCGAGCACCACCUGGUGCCCUUUUACGGCAAGGUGUCGAUCGGCUAUUUGCCCAAGAAGAAGAUCCUCGGACUCAGCAAGUUGGCGCGCAUCGUCGAGAUCUUCAGCCGUCGGUUGCAGGUGCAGGAGCGGCUGACCAAGCAGAUCGCCAUCGCGGUCACCAAGGCCGUGGACCCCGCUGGGGUGGCCGUCGUUGUCGAAGGAGUGCAUAUGUGCAUGGUGAUGCGUGGAGUGCAGAAGAUCAACAGCAAGACGGUGACCAGCACCAUGCUCGGCGUCUUCAGAGAUGACCCCAAAACGCGCGAGGAGUUCCUCAACCUCGUCCACUCCAAGUAGAAGUUCCGCGCCCUCGUCGCAGCAAGACACAUUCCUCUCUCUGCUUUGAAUUUAACGUUUUUCAUCUCUGACAAAUCAAAGAACCACUUUUUGGCAUCCAGCAUCUCUCUAUAUUUGUUUUCCAGCCAUGCAUAUAUACUAUAUACUUUUUUGAGGGACCAAGUUCAGAUUUUUUCAGAGAGCAGAUACAUUGAAAGGGUAACGAGAUCUGUUUGAUGUGGCUGAAUCAAAACAUUCCAAUGCAACGACAAUUAGUAUGGAUAAUGAUAAUCUUUUAUUUUUCACUUUGCAACGCAUUCAAGAAAGCCAUUUUUUUCUUUUAUUUUAAGAAUGUAUGACUAACUUAAAACAUGUAAAACCGCCGAUGAUAUUUAUUUCUAAUUCUCAUUGAUGAGAUUAUAAAAAAAAGCAAAAAAUGACGUUGAAUAUUUAUAAAUAUAUACAUUUUCAAUGAUGGCCGGAACCAUCAUUGACAUCAUAUUUUAUGAGAAAUGUUUACUUUCAGACUUUUUAUUAUUUAAUAGAAAACUCGAGACACAUGGCUAUAAAACAAGAGGCAACCUAGAAUUGUCCGCCUGCAAACCUGGAGCUUGCCAAUCGUAUGUUAUUGAUUGGAAAUUACAGCAUGACAAUAAAAACGAACAAUAUAAGUCUA